UGACACGCGCACGUGAGCCCCACCUCACAGCAGUGUUUCCAAACACUGUGUGUAGUGGUCAGUAUGGAGAAGUCCAUGUUCAGCGCGAAUGGACACGAAACUGAUAAAAGAAGCUAACGCAGCCGGACAGCAUCCAAUAAACACACUGAAGCUAAUGUAAUAGCACAAGAGUAGCAUGCUUGACGUGGGAAAGUGGCCAGUGUUUGCACUUCUGCCUCCUGAGGAACUACGUCUCAUCCGCCAGGCCUGUGUGUUUGGCAGUGCUGCUAAUGAGGCCGUCUACGUUACGGUCAAUGAUGAGGUGUUUGCUUUGGGAACAAACUGCAGCGGAUGUUUGGGUCUGGGAGAUGUCCAAAGCACCAUUGAGCCCAGACGGAUAGACACCCUGUGCGGGAAGAAGAUUAUCUCUCUGAGCUAUGGCACAGGGCCGCAUGUCAUCAUUUCAACUGCAGAAGGAGAGGUGUAUGCUUGGGGUCACAAUGGUUACAGCCAGUUGGGAAAUGGCACCACCAACCACGGCCUGAUCCCUGCCCUGGUUUCCACCAACCUCAUUAAUAAGAGGGUGACCGAGGUGGCCUGUGGCUCCCAUCACACCAUCGCUCUCACCACUGAAGGAGAGGUGUAUGCCUGGGGCUACAACAACUCUGGCCAGGUGGGCUCAGGCUCUACAGCAAACCAACCCACACCACGGAGGGUCAGCAGCUGCCUGCAGAACAAGGUCGUAGUGAACAUUGCCUGUGGCCAGCUCUGCUCCAUGGCUGUCCUAGACAAUGGAGAGAUCUUUGGCUGGGGCUACAACUGUAACGGGCAGCUGGGUCUGGGUAAUAACGGCAACCAGCAAACACCAUGUCGUAUCGCUGCUCUGCAGGGAAUCACCGUUGUCCAGGUGGUUUGUGGCUAUGCACACACCUUGGCGUUAACAGAUGAGGGGUUUGUUUACGCCUGGGGGGCCAACGCUUAUGGGCAGCUAGGCACUGGAAACAAGAGCAACCAGGCAUUGCCCACACUCAUCAACAUGGAAAAGGAGAGGAUGGUGGAAGUGGCUGCAUGUCACACCAGUCACACGUCAGCCGCUAAGACGCAGAGCGGUCAGGUGCUCAUGUGGGGUCAGUGUCGAGGUCAGGCCGUUCCCUUCCCACACAGCACACAUUUCUCCAGUACAGACGAUGUGUUUGCCUGUUUUGCUACCCCUGCAGUUACCUGGCGUCUUCUCACUGUAGAUGGAGAUGACUAUCUAACUGUGGCUCAGUCUCUUAAAAGAGAGUUUGACAGCCCAGAAAUUUCAGACCUCAAGUUCCUAGUUGAUGGGAAAUGUAUUCACGUUCAUAGGGCUCUGCUCAAAAUCAGGUGUGAGCAUUUUCGUUCGCUGUUAAACGAGACUGAUGAGGAAGCCAUCGAAAUCCAUCAGUUCUCCUACAUGGUGUACCGAGCCUUCCUGGAGUACCUCUACACCGACACUAUUAACUUGCCACCCGAAGAUGCCAUUGGUCUACUAGAUCUUGCUACCUACUACAGAGAGACUCGUCUAAAAAGGCUAUGCCAGGAAACCAUUAAAAGAGGUAUUUCAGAAGAGAAUGCCAUCACACUGCUAUCUGCUGCUGUUAAGUAUGAAGCACGGGACUUGGAAGAGUUCUGCUUCAAGUUCUGUGUCAACCACCUGACUGCAGUCACUCAGACGCAGGCCUUUGCCGACAUGGACCAUGACCUGUUAAAGAACUUUAUUAGCAAAGCAAGUCGCUAUGGGGCCUUCAAAAACUAAGCCGGAGCCCGAGCAGAGCAGAGAGAGAGCUGGAGAAGAAUCGUGGAUCAGCUUUACCAGAAGCAAGCAUUGUUCUAUGGUAUGUGAAAGAGCAAGGCAGGAACGUCCUUGGUUUGGAUAAACCACUCCACUUGGCGCUGAUGCUUUGAGGCUGCACUUCCCAGAAUAACAACAAAAAAAAAAAAAGCAUUUGUGGUUUUGUAGGCUACUGGGUUGGAAAACCACUAUACAGUACUGUGCAAAAGUCUCAGGCACAUAAAACAAAAGUAAAUUUAAAAAAAUAUAAGAAUGAAACAUUUGUACAUGUAAAAAUGACUACAAAGUAUGAAGAUGAUGAUUCUGUGCCAGAGAGAAAAGCAAUCCCAGAAUAUGCAGAUGGUAUUGCUUUUUAUUUGUCACACUGGAAAGCAAAACCUUCACUGCAUUGCUUUUACUUUGCUUUAUCUCUUUAGUGAAAAACAAUCAGUAGGGACUUUCAAUAAAAAGACUUUCAUAUUGACUUCAUCAGAAUUGAAUGGAAGUCCUUGUUGCAGUGCAUUUCAUUUUUCAGCAAUGCCCCCGAGUACGGCUGUAAUAGGACAGCGAUUGCAUUUCAGUGUGGCACGACAGCAGUGCACUGAUGAAACUGAAAUGCAAUGCAACCCGGGACUUUGCACGCAGCAUUUACUUCUGAUCCGAAAUCAGCGUUUAAUUUUUGACAUCAAUCCGCUAUUGAUUGUGUUCACUAAAGGAAUUUUGUAUUCCGGUGCGACAGGCAUACUGUCUCUAUGUCAAAAAAUGAAAGGCAAUACCGCCUGUAUAUUGCAUUUCAUAUUUUCUGUCUAGUGCAGUUGCUUUUCUAUCAGUCAUGGAAUAAUAAAGAGUAGUAAUACUACACCAGAUCUAUAUUUGCUGUAAACUAACCCAAAUCAGUAUCUGCUAUAUUGUUCUUUGCCUUAACACAGCAGAUUGGCUGGUAAGUUUUUCAUGCCACAGUCUUUUUCUGGGGGUGGUUGGCUGUUCUGUCUCUUCCAGUACACCAGACUGACUCCAUUCUCUGCAAAGUGGCCAAUUAUAUAAUCUGUUCUUUUCUGUAAUAGUGUACAUAUAUAAAUUUUUUUGGGUAAAGCAGAAAACAUAAACAUCAAAGACAACUUUUUUAUAACGAUAGGAUGGCUGAGACUUUUUCACAGUACUGAAUGAUGCCCACUGGUACCUUACGGUGCCUUUGAAAGGUAUUCAUCUUGUCUUUCUGCAAAAUCCCUUUUUCCAUGGAUUUAAUAAGGGAAGGACAUCCCACUAGUACAGGUUAGUCUUGAAUCCAUCAGAAGUUUUAAGGAAAAUUUAAAAGGACCAAAGGAAAAAAAAAAAAAAAAAAAAGAUAAGAA